AUGGAUCUUCUCAAGCUGCACACCCAAGACUUGGUUGAUAUCAUGGUCGAGCUGGAUCGCAGCAACAACCCUCGCUCUCAGGUGCUUCACGAACUGGCAGAAGCAGGCUAUGUCCACUCGCUCGAUGAGAACGAACUCGGCCCUCUACGUAAGAAAGGUACAGUCUUCCAUCGCAACGAGUGGGCCUCACCCAUUCUUACCGACCAACAUCCGUUCGAAAACAUACUUGGCACCAACCAGAUCAAGAGCGUCCUUUUGAAUGAGAUCGGGGGCGAGAACAAGUAUACCUUUUCUCCAACCCGCGACUCGCCUGAGGAGGUUGCGGGCGCCAUCGUGGAGCUCCUCAAUAACAUUGGGAACCCACACUACAGCAAGCCUGGCUCGAUCCCUCGCAUGAAAUCACCGACAUUCGAACGUCUUUGUCAGCACAAGGUAAAGUGGCCGUUCGAUGGUAUGCUCAGUGUCUCGCAGGUGACCAUGGCCAUAACGCCAGCCGGCGACCUUCAAGAGGUGGAAUACUACGACAUCUAUACUCUCUCCACGUUGCUUACUGGUACGAAGAUCUGGUUUGCAUACCCCCCUCUUCCAGACAAUCUCGCUCUACUGCAAUCAGAGUACAAGACCUUCUUGACCACUACAGGAACAUUUGCCGUGGAACAUCUAGUGAACUUCCAGCAUGGCAUCGCCAUUAUCCAGCAGGCAGGGCAGACUCUGAUCCUGCCGCCACUCUGGAUGACGGUAUGUGUCUCCACCCAGACAUCCGUCUCAAGCGCAUAUCACGUCUCAACGGCGAUGGUCUUUACCGAUCGAAUCAAGUACCUCGAUGACUUCCUAGCUACGGCUCAUCUGUGGCCUGCAGGCGAAGAACAAGGCCAGCGACAUGUAGUGGCGUUCGCUACGGAAUUCGUUGAAGACCUGCAGGAAGUCCUUGCCGACUCGUUUCCGCACUACAACGCAAGCAAGCUCAUAACCGAGAUCUGCCAGCAGCAUGAGGUGCUACGAAAUAACCUCCGCCGUGUUCUUGACGCCAUAGAAGACAAAGCAGUCGUGCGGGGUCUUGAGAAUAAGUAUCGAGCAACAUGGCUCGCGUUACUCGAGCAGAAGCGUAAGAAGUCUUCUGCUUGUCGUCUCUGCAAGCUUCGCGUAGAGCACAUGCCUGCUGGAGGUUCUCCGACCGACCGUCUUCGGCAACACUUCAUCGACCUCCAUUGUCUCCGUUCCGGGCAUGUGACGCACGGUGAAGGUCUGUAA